CUGCAGCUUCAGGCUCCCUACCUGCGUGGGUGCACUUUGCUUGGACCCCAGAUAGAGCAACGUCUGCCAGAAACCCCGUUCCGGGCCCGGCCUGGCUAGAUGCAGACAAAGUUAACAUGGGGGGCACGGUGGCUGCGGAGCAUGUCCCAGCGACACUCGGACAGCUCCUUGGAAGAGAAGCUGCUGGAAUACCGCUUCCACUCUGAGCUGCGGCUCGAUGCCAAGGGGAACCCAGCACCCGGGCUGCCCAUGGUCCGGGACUCCCUGCAGGUCAGGGACAAUGCCGCCUUCCAGCUGGACACCUCGGUGCCCCCACCUCUGUCCACUAAGGACGAGGAGCCACGGACCGUUAUCCUGAGCACACAGAGCCCCGUGGCCCUCAAGAUGGGCACUCAGCAGCUGAUCCCCAGAAGCCUGGCCGUGUCCAGCAAGGCCAAGACCCCAGCCCGCCACCAGAGCUUUGGGGCGGCCGUGCUCAGCAAGGAAGCUGCCCGAAGGGAGCCCCAGCUCGUCUCCGCCCCCAGCUUCUCCCUGGACGACAUGGACGUGGACACGGGCCCCGAGGGAGCGCUCAGACGGAACCUGCGGAACCAAUCCUACCGGGCAGCCAUGCAGGGCCUGGGGGCGCCGGGCGGGGAGCGGACCCCCAUCCAGCUCAGCCCCAAGCUCCAAGCUCUGGCCGAGGAGCCCAGUCCACCUCCUGCUCGGUGUCCGGCCAAGAAUAAGAGGACGCUGGGGCGGAAGCGAGCGCACAAGGGCUCCUUCAAGGACGACCCUGGGUUCUACCAGGAGAUCCGGGAACGGGGCCUGAACACCAGCCAUGAGUCCGACGAUGACUUGCUCGGUGAACCGUCCAGCCCCGAUGGAACGGAAAAGGCGGGUGCCCCCAUCGUAGUCAAAAGCUACCGGCCUGCCCAGGUCACCUGGAGCCAGCUCCCAGAGGUGGUGGAGUCCGGCCUCCUGGACAAGCUGUCUGCUGAGGAACGCAAGCGGCAGGAGGCCAUCUUUGAGAUCCUCACGUCGGAGUUCUCCUACCAGCACAGCCUGGGCGUCCUGGUGGCCGAGUUCCUGCAGUCCAGGGAGCUGCGGGCCACCAUGACCCAGACGGAGCACCACCACCUCUUCUCCAACAUCCUGGACGUCCUGAGCGCCAGUCAGAGAUUCUUCGAGGCCCUGGAGCAGCGGCACAAGGCGCAGGUCUGCGUGGAGGACAUCAGCGACAUCCUGGAGGAGCACGCCGAGAAGCACUUCCACCCCUACGUCGCCUACUGCUCCAACGAGGUCUACCAGCAGCGCGCCCUGCAAAAGCUGACGAACAGCAAUGCCGCCUUCCACGAGGCCCUGAAGGAAAUCGAGAAGCGUCCUGCGUGCGGGGGUCUCCCCAUGAUCUCCUUCCUGAUCCUCCCCAUGCAGAGGGUGACCCGGCUGCCCCUCCUGACCGACACUCUCUGCCUCAAGAGUCAAGGCCGUCCCGAGAGGUACGAGGCCGCCAGCCGCGCGCUCAGGGCUAUCAGCAAGCUGGUGCAUCAGUGCAACGAGGGCGCCCGCAAGAUGGAGCGCACGGAGCAGAUGUACGAGCUGCACGCGCGGCUGGACUUCGGCCGGGUCAAGUCCCUCCCGCUGAUCUCUGCCUCCCGCUGGCUGCUGAAGCGUGGGGAGCUUUUCGUGGUAGAAGAAACCAGGCUUUUCCGAAAACUGGCCAGCCGGCCCACAUGCUACCUGUUUCUGUUCAACGACGUUCUGGUGGUCACCAAGAAGAAGAGCGAGGACAGCUUCAUGGUUCAGGACUACGCCCAGGUGGACCACAUUCGGGUCCAGAAGAUGGAGCCCUCUGACCCCAGCCUGCUGGGCGGCGGUGGCACCCGCAGCUCCUCGGUGCCACACCCCUUCCGGGUGACCCUGCUGCGCAACAGUGAGGGCCUCCAGGAGAAGAUCCUGCUGUCCUCCGACUCUGCGAGUGACCGGGCCCGGUGGAUCACGGCACUCACGCACAGGGAGAGGCAGGGGCAGGGCCCCACCAACAAAGGAGACCUGCCCCAGGUGGAGAUCACCAAGGCCUACUUGGCCAGGCAGGCCGACGAGAUCUCGCUGCAGCAGGCCGACGUGGUCCUGGUACUGGAGCAGGAGGACGGCUGGGUCUAUGGCGAGCGGCUGAGGGACGGGGAGAUGGGCUGGUUCCCCGAGGACUUUGCCCGAAGCAUCACCAGCCGCGUGGCCGUGGAGGGCAACGUUCGUCGGAUGGAGCGGCUGCGGGUGGAGACGGAUGUGUAGCCCGCUCGCCCCGCAGCGCACCGCACCGCACCGCACGGUGGCCAGGCUCUGCUUCCAGAUGGCUCCAGCAGCGGCCUGGCUUGGGGGCGGGGGGGGGGGGGGGGGUUGCUUGUCCCAGGAAACGGAACGGUCUGGGUCUUCACGAGUCCCCAUGCUGGAUCCGGAUUCUUCCAGGGAGGAAGGUCAGGCAUGCUGCAGGCCCCCAGGACCGUCCUCCCAGCCAGCUCUCGGGCCACAGCGGCCUGACACCCCCCCCACCCCCAGCGGGGUGAGCCCCAGCUCCCUGGAGCCCCAGGGAGGAGCCCCGCCCUUCCCCCAGCGCCCUGUGGCUGCGUUGGACAUGGGCUCAGCUCCCUCCAUUGUCCCCGUGUGGGACAGAUGGCCUGGGUGUCCGGGCAGCCCCAGUUUCGGAGAGGAGGUCCUGCCGGAGGGAGGUGACCCUGCGGGGACAGUGCGGAGAUGCUGAGGUUUUCACAGACAUUAAAGUAUUUCUUCAACA